AUGUCUCUGCCCAAGAGCGUUCUUGUCAGCCUUUUGGCUGCCUUCGUUGCAGACGCCGCACCCCAGAUUGGCGUUCCCAAGCCUCCCGUUGAUCCUCUGGUCAAGACUAUUUUCACAAACCUGCCAUCAUCUCUUCCUACCGAUGUGAAGACAUCCUCGGCCAUCAUUGACGGUGCUACGCGAGCAAUCAUCAUUCCUGCUACGCUGCCCACUACCACACCACAGGUUGUUCAAGACGCCAGCAAGACUGCUGCAAAUGUCGUACAGACCGUCACCGCUUUCCUGGCUGAUCCAGUUCCGUCGAAGACAGUCAAUCUCUCAGCAAGCGCCUCAAUUGCUACUACUGCGUCCGUUUCACCACCUCCUAUCAUCAACAAUGCUUCGGUUCCUGUCCUGUCCGGCACGCAAACAGUGGGUGUCACCUCAAUUGGUGACCAAGCGACCAAGGUUAUCGAGUCACUCAUUGCAACUGCUUCACCGCCAGGUCCAGGUGCUGUCGUCCACGAUGCUGCUCUGAGCACCUGCGGCAUACUUGGCGCCGAGUACAACGAUGGCGAUCAAAUUACGUCUGGAGAUAACACGUACACGGUCCACUGCAGCCAAGACAACGGGCAGGGUGCAUUUGCAAUCCAGUUCGUGGCUUGGGGUGGCUUCAACGCUUGCCCGGCUGCUUGUGACAACACCCCUGGAUGCACAGGCUUCACCUUCGUUGGAGAGGAAACCGGCUUCUGCUACUUGAAGAGCGCCGAAGGCACCUCGGCCUCCAGCCGCGCUCCAAGCUCUUCUCCAACUUCCAGUGCUAGCGGAACUCCCAGCUCGUCCACCAGCAGUGCUCCAAGCUCUUCCCCAACCUCCAGCACUGGGCAGUCUUGCAGCCAGCUUGGCAAGACCUACGUUGACAGCAAGAACCAGACCUACACCAUUGCCUGCAAGACUGAUCUUCCUGGCAAUGAUAUCGGUGCUGUUCAGGCCUCAUCCUUCACCGAAUGCUUCGAUGCGUGUGCCAAGAAGGACGGCUGCGUCGCGUUCUCCUUUCUCGGUGGCAGCGGCUCGGACCCUUGCUAUCUCAAGAACAGCGCAGUAGCCAGUGCGUCGAAUCCCAACAAUGCCGACUCUGCGUACCUUCCAAGCGCUCGACCCUCGCAGACGUCACAAGCCGGACAGAGCCCAUCUUCGAGUGGCAGUUCUAGUGCAGCGCCCACCGCCAUAGCAGCUGGAUCUUGCGAGGCCCUCGCCAAGGGCAGUGGUCCCAGCCAGUUUACCGAUGAAUUUGGCUCACUGUACAAAAUCACUUGCAAGCACGACAUCCCAGGUGGCAACCUCAAGGCUGUCACCAGCCCGACAUUCCAAGACUGCUUUGCCCAGUGCGAUCAGACCCUCAACUGUGUGGGCUUCUCUUGGCUUAACGGUUACUGCUACCUCAAGACAUUCCAGCAGAACUCCAUCUCCGAGUCCCCGGCUGAUGUCGCCGUCAAGGUCCGCGCUGGACCAGGUGUGCCUGGGACGGUCACUGGUGGAGUUGGCAACAGCUGUGCCACCAUCACCAUGCCACAGAUCUCUGCCACGUCUGUCGUUCCAACCCCUUUGGUCUCAGCUGGCGCAUCUUGCAAGCAGCUCCCACCUCAGGUCGGCCUUUACAAAGUCACUUGUGGUUAUGAUGCGAAUGGUGGCGAUCUUUCGCUGGCUCAGGCCAACUCCUUCUCGGCUUGUGUCCCACUCUGCGACACCAUGCCAAAGUGUAUCGGCUUUGCGUGUGUUGGUGGCUCAGGAGCAGGUAUCUGUUACUUCAAGCAGGAGCACAAGCCAGAGGGCGCCAACUCUGCUGUCGACAUUGCUUUCAAGCCAUCUGUCGAUGCCACUUCCGCCAUCGCUACGCCGACCGGACUUGUUACCUCUGUCAUCACGGCAGUUCCAUCUGUCAGCACAACCAUCCUCAAUGGCGGCGGUGGUAUUCCAUUCACCAACGCCCCAAGCUCGAGCAAGGCCAGCACAUCUUCUUCUUCUGCAUCUUCCCCAGCAUCGAGCUCCACCUCUACUUCGACCAGCACCAAGAGCUCCAGCACAACUGCUGCUCAGACACGCGCUCCGUCGACUGCGACCAUAGAGCCCACCAGACCAGUCGUGCCAAUCUGGCCGAUAAUCGUCGAUCCCGAUGCUAAGCCGGAACCCACCACCACGAAGAAGAAGGCAGAGAAGCCAAAGGAGACCCCAAAACCAAAGAAGCCCGUGCCAUCCACGACCACCGGCGACGGAGUCUUUGAGCCCUCGAUGACGCCCAAGGCGCCUCUCCUGAACCCAGGCUGGCCCAUUCCAGAUCAAAACGAUUGGGGCAGCAGCUGUGAUGAGUUGCUCGAGAAAAAUCCCUUCAAGCUCGUGACUGAAGUCAUCCGCGGCAGGCAGUCACUUGGUGAGUUCUACGUCCAAACACCGCUCGGCGAGAACAGUGCCGCGCCGAACAACCCAGGUCAUGGCGCGAAAACCGCCGUGGUCGGCCGCAACGUCGUUCACGCUGCGAGCUUCGCUUGGGCCCGUGGAGACACGCUCGCUAUGAUCAACAACGUUGACAGUGUGACUAGGUGCUAUCAUCCGGGUUUCUCGCUCAUGCCGCCGAAGGUUGGGUUCGGAGAAGUCUCUUUCAUUCCACAGUGGGGUUCAGAAGGCGCUUCUCUCUCCAGACACACUGGUAUCUCGUUUGAUUUGCACGGUGCUCAUGAGUUCGGUGGAUGGAGAGUCUGCGAGGGCGAUCAGCAACUCAAGUGGAUUGUUGCUGGGGAGUCGCUCGAUGAGGGGAGGUGUGCUGAGGUGAUGCUCAAGCCGGAGGGUAUGUGUGAGGGCGAGAAUUGGGUUGAGGGUUGA